ACUGCGCCUCCACUCUCUCUUCUAUUUUCUUCUCCUGAGAAUAAGCUCAUCGUUGUCGUUGCGCAUUGAUUUUUGGGGGGAACACAUCUUCUACAUUCGAGCUGCUCUACUUGCCAUUUAUUAAACACUGAUAAUUUCUUAUGGAAUCAUUAUUUAUUAAAGUAGUCUGUAUUGGAUUUUUUAUCACCUGCAUAACGGUAUUCUAUGAAGAAGUUGUGGAUUUUGUGAAGAUACAAACAUACGGGAAUCCAUACUGGUUAAAUGUUUCGCAACAAGUCGACUGCAGUUGUGACAAUGGAAAAACAAGGAAUUGUUAUCCCCACCCCGAUGACUCAAAGCUCUGUGGAAAAUGUUUCGCAACAUGUCCGCAGAUGGGAAGUGAUAUGCCAGAAGAACAUGACAAAAACACGUCCCGUGAUCUUGUCUUUGCACUAUCUGCGUCCAUUCAAGAUGUGAACCGGCUACUUGUGCUCAUUGCUUCAAUCCAUAGGAACUUCCCAACAACAAAGUUGAUUAUCUUUGAUCAUGCCAACGGGACAGCGUUGGAAACUCAACUGAUCAGCAUAAGAAAUGUGGAAGUUGUGAAUUUCAAAAAUCGUGGAAUUGGUAAUACUGCAAGUACCCCGUUCUAUUUACAGGAAAUCCUCAAGCAUCAUUCAACAGUUUUAUGGCUAACCCAUGACGUGGAAAUUCUCAAUACAAAACUGAUGCAAGCGGGUCCGUUUAGAAAGUCCUCCAAGAAUGCUGUCACAUAUAUUUCACAUGAUAGUCGUCGAAAAGUCACGUCUUCUGGCUAUCGUCCGUACUUCCCCACCAGUUCAUUGAUGCCUCACUUCCCGAUGGCCGUGCUACUGAAGAAUGAUGCUAGAAAUCUGAUCAGAUGGGUGGAAAAGUGUGCGUUGACACCCGAAUGCUGGAAAUGUGAUACAUCAUCAGGCGUGACCGAAGAUUGCACAUGGAUGGUAUUACAACAAGUGGCGUCGGAUGCAAAACAAUUCCGAUUCUUUGGCGACUCUUACGGAUCAAUUAAUAAGCAAACAUGGGGACCUCCGGAGUGUGAUUUCUACUGUACAAUGUGGCUCGUCGGUGUAACCAUUGUCGCUGUCGUUUCAUUUGCAAUUUUGACCCUAGUUUUGCUGAAAAAAUCCACCAAAAAAACUAAGUAGACUUCAAAAGUUUUUCAUUGUACAGUAAGACUCCCGCCAAUCAUACAACUGGUUUCUAUGCUUCCUACACUUUCAGAUUUUCUCAUGCAAUAAACGACAUUUCCUAAAAA